AUUCAUUUUGCCGCAAAACAAAUUGUCAUUCUCGCCCGUGAGACAUUUGGGUUUUGUUAGUUCGUUGUCGGCGCGGAUUAAAUUGUUAAAAGAAUGGAAACUAUCUUGGGAAUCAAAGGUCCUGAUUUUGUGAUGGUAGCUGCGGACUGCACCCAGGCUCAUUCUAUCAUUAUGAUGAAAGAAGAUGAAAAUAAAAUUCACAAAAUCUCCAACAAUUUGCUGAUGGCAACAAUUGGGGAUGCUGGUGACACCAUUCAAUUCACCGAAUACAUUGCGAAAAACAUUGCACUGUACAAAAUGCGUAACGGCUACGAUCUAAGCCCAAAAGCUGCAGCCCACUAUACACGGAAGAAUUUAGCUGAUUACUUGAGAUCCCGCAGUCCCUAUCACGUAAAUCUUUUCGUUGCUGGAUAUGACGAGAAGGAAGGUCCAGAACUGCAUUAUAUUGACUACUUAGCCAACGGCAAGUCACUGAACUAUGCCGGCCAGGGUUAUGGAGCACUAUUCUGCGCCAGUAUUUUCGAUCGGUACCAUCACGACAAAAUCACGCAGGAGGAAGCAUACGAUGUCUUUAAGAAAUGCGUUGUUGAAAUUCAAAAGAGGUUGAUUGUAAAUUUGCCGAACUUCAAGGUGGCUGUAGUUGAUAAGUCGGGUAUCAGAUACUUGGAUGAUAUAACUUCGAAAAGUCUAGCUGGCUACGCUGCCUAGGUUUAAAGAAUUUUGUACGCAUAUUGAUAAACAAAUAAAAUAUGGAAAUUGGUUUA